AUGGGGCAUGUGGAGAGGAGGGUUCAUCAUCCGCACGAGAUUGUGGUGGGUGACAGUCAGGCUACUCAGGAGGGUGAGAAUGGGGAUCAGGUUGCUCCUGUUGAGCAACAUAAUAGACUUCAAAUCUGUCAUAGGUGUGGCAUGGUGGGACAUCCUGCUAAUAGUUGUCCUAACCCUGUUGUCUGCUCUAGAUGUCACAAGGAGGGUCAUGUGGCAAGGGUUUGUGUCACUAAGAUGCCAUGGGAGUUUAUCUCCCCUUUCUGUGGUUUGUCAGCUUAUGGACAGGGCUUUCAUCUGAUUGAAGGGAUCAAAGACAUGUCAACUACUGCAUUGAUUACCAUCACCUUUGUGGAGAUCAGAAAAGUCAAUUGCAUCACAGUGGAUGUUAAUCCUCAGACUGUGAUAAAUGAGUACGGCUCCAACAUGAUGAAGUACAGAUAUGAUCCCUUAACAGCCAUUGAGGACAAGAAUGCUCUGUAUGGCUGUAGCAAGGAGAUUUUUUUUCAGAUUGAUGAUAUUCAUAAGGAAUCUCCCAUCUUAGCCAACAAUCAAGUAGUGAAGAACUCUGAAGCCACUGAAGUUGAGACAGCUACAAGCAAGAUAUCUGCAGCAAGUAAAAUGCCAGUUGAAGCUCAUAAUCCCUGGGAGAACCAUGGUACUAAUCCUCUGCCUGUGGUGGAGGAUGGGCAGAAGGAGAAUCAGGAUGAUUGGCCUGAAUGGCACCAAAAAAUUGAUGUUCUUAAGGACUUAGAAAAUGCUAGAAUGAAACUUAAUGAACACUCUAGCAACUCUGUGGUUCAGGAUAUUGGUAUGGAAGAUGAAGUUCUUCCCUUAGAAGACCAGAAUGUCUUAGAGUGGGGCUCUGAGGAGUCUGAAGAUGAACCCUGUGUUGUUAUAGCUAGUACUAGGAAGAGUAGGUCUUCCAAAAAGUACAAGAGGAAAGCCAGAGCAACUAAGGCCCAUCCUAGAGGGGCUUGUUGA